GAUCCAUAAUGGUCCAGGCAGCAUCAUGCAGCACAAUGGUCGCUAGACAGUGAGCGCGCAGUGAUUCAGCAUCGCAAACUCGGGCUGUUACCCAUCUCUUUUUGCUUUAGCUACGUUUCUUUCUUUGUAUCAUUUUCAUCCGUCCUCAUCGUUGUCUUUUUAAACCGUCUUCAGUCGGGAUGUUUUGAAUAGGACUGGACUGUCACCGGAACGGGAUCUUCAGGCAGCUGGCACGGAAUGGUAUUUAUGAACAGACGUUUCUUCUAUAACUGCAGUGCUCCAGUCCUGGAUGUGAAGAUUGCCUUUUGUCAGGUGUGUGUUCCAUUCAGGUAAAUUAAAAGGGGUUUGGCAAACAAGUUGAUGUGUCUUACAUUGUCCAGCAUUACAACAUGAGCAAAAGCAAAGUGGACAACCAGUUCUACAGCGUGGAAGUAGGAGAUUCCACCUUCACAGUUCUCAAGCGGUACCAAAAUCUAAAGCCCAUUGGUUCCGGGGCUCAGGGAAUAGUGUGUGCUGGAUAUGAUGCUGUUCUGGACAGAAAUGUGGCCAUUAAGAAACUCAGCAGACCCUUUCAGAACCAGACUCACGCCAAGAGAGCAUACAGGGAGCUAGUGCUUAUGAAAUGUGUCAAUCACAAAAAUAUUAUCAGCUUAUUAAAUGUCUUCACACCACAGAAGUCUUUAGAGGAAUUCCAAGAUGUUUACCUGGUGAUGGAGCUGAUGGAUGCAAACCUCUGCCAGGUGAUUCAGAUGGAACUGGAUCAUGAGAGGAUGUCCUACCUGCUCUAUCAGAUGUUAUGUGGAAUCAAACACCUGCACUCAGCCGGCAUCAUCCACAGGGAUCUGAAACCUAGCAAUAUCGUGGUGAAAUCCGACUGUACGUUGAAGAUCUUGGACUUUGGGCUGGCGAGGACCGCUGGCACUAGCUUUAUGAUGACGCCCUACGUUGUAACACGGUACUACAGGGCUCCAGAGGUCAUCCUGGGCAUGGGAUACAAAGAGAACGUGGAUAUUUGGUCAGUUGGUUGCAUCAUGGGAGAAAUGGUGCGCCACAAAAUCCUUUUCCCCGGCAGGGAUUAUAUCGACCAAUGGAAUAAGGUUAUAGAGCAGCUUGGCACGCCCUCUCCUGAGUUCAUGAAGAAACUGCAGCCAACGGUGCGCAACUAUGUGGAGAACAGGCCAAAAUAUGCAGGCCUGACUUUUCCAAAACUCUUCCCUGAUUGCCUGUUCCCUGCCGACUCCGAGCACAACAAACUCAAAGCUAGUCAGGCCAGAGACCUGCUGUCGAAGAUGUUGAUCAUUGAUCCUGCUAAGCGGAUAUCAGUGGACGAGGCCCUGCAGCACCCCUACAUCAACGUGUGGUACGACCCGGCUGAGGUGGAGGCAGCCAGGAAUCACCACAUAUCUAUGCCUCCUCCACAGAUCUAUGAUAAGCAGCUGGAUGAGAGGGAACAUUCAAUUGAUGAAUGGAAAGAGCUCAUCUAUAAAGAGGUGAUGAACUUCGAGGAGAGAACGAAGAAUGGUGUUGUGAAGGGACAGCCCUCUCCCUCAGGUGCAGCCAUGAACAGCAGCGAGAGCCUCCCUCCCUCCUCCUCCGUCAACGACAUUUCCUCCAUGUCCACUGAUCAGACCCUGGCAUCCGACACCGACAGCAGCCUGGAGACCACCGCUGGACCGCUGGGGUGCUGCAGGUGACUAACCGCCUGCCUGCGCAACCCCAUGUUCUUCAGAAGGUGAACGGCCCCUGCAAAUCCGACUGAGUGUAAAUUCACAACCUCUCCAAAAUGUAUAAGAAUAUAAUUACGGGGGGGAUAGGGGGAAAUGUGAGAAAAAAUUACUACAUGCGUAAAAUAUGUAUAAAAAUGUAUGCAUUUUCAUUCAACGAAAACGUCUGAAUAUGUAUAUUUACGAAUCUUCAAUAGUUGCUUUGCUUUGAAUCCCCCUCAUAUGGCAUCCAAAAAGAAAAAAAAAGAAAAUGAAGAUUAAAAAAAAAUAUUUAUGGACUUAAUCGGGCAUCUCUGUAAAGUGUACAUUGACUGGCUAAUAUUUAAAACCUUGCGAUUUUCUGUGCUUCAGUCGAUGUGGCAGGGUGUAUUUUUAUUUUAAUGAGCAUUGUACAAUAUCGAACACCCUCGUCUUUCCCCCUAAUGUAAUGUUUUUUUGCUUGUUCUGAAACUCCUGAACGGGUUCUGACUGGCUUGUGUAUAUGUGUGCAAAUCCAGUUAGAGUAAAAAUGUGUACAAUGGCGCCCCCUAUCUUUUGUAAAUAUGUAAUUCUGUACAGCAUGAGAGUGGGACUGACGGCCAGUAGAGGGAGUACUCGCACACCUUGCCACAUCACAGCUGUCACCUUUGUUCCCUUUGCCUGUAGUCUUGCAUGGUCAGAGAAAAAUACAAAUGUAAUUAAGCUAAUUAUAACAUAUACAAAUAUAGAGAACCUUGUUUAUAUAACAUGUAAGGAGCUCUGGCAAGCCAAAGGGUGAGUUUGGGCAUUUCUGAUGGUCGUUGGAGUGUGUUUUACAGGAAGCCAAUGGGGGGGUACAAGCACUGUUGCUCUGUAUACUAAAUUGGGCAUCACUUACAACAGCCCUGUCUUUGUGUUUGUGAAACUCACCCUAUCUAUGGCCCACUUAACAGGCAACAGCCUUGCAUGCUACAACUUCACCACGGAAAGGUUUCUCAUGUCAGACAGAUGUUUGGUUAGGGGGCGUCACAUCUUCAAGGUGUGCUAGGCUCAACAAUAAGGAUGAACUGAAGGUCCGUGGCAAGUUUGAGAGAGUUUCGUCUUAGUUGCCACAUGGUCAGUACAUUCUACCUUCGAUGAUCAUGUAUGUGUGUUUUAAUGCCUUGCAAAUGUAAGACAUUUGGAUUUAUGUGAUGUAUUGAACAUUUUUACCAAUUGUUCUGAUUUAAAUGUGUAACCAAGAUAAUGUUAAAUAGCUUGCUAACAUAUAUUGAAUGAAAUUGUGAGAAUGACUGGUGAGAAUGAUAGUCUUAAAAGACUCAAAACAUAUAAACAAAUCAGGGGGGGGCAACAAAAACGGGUAACAUUUUACAAUAAGCUUGUAUAUGUUAAAGGAAUAUUCCGGGUUCAUUACAAGUUAAGCUCAAUCGACAGCAUUUGAGGCAUAAUGUUGGUUACUACAAAUGUAAUUUCGACUUGUCCCUCCUCCUUUUUUCCCUGGGUUACAGUCAUGCACUUACAAUGGAAGUGAAUGGGGCCAAUCUGUAAAUGUUAAAAUAGUACUGUUUCAAAAGUAUAGACACAAGACUCAAACAAUAUACGUGUUAACACGAUUAACCAAUCAUGUUAACCAAUUUAUAUCUAAUUUUGAAGCCAUGACAACGUAACGUAAACAUUAUAACCCUAACGACCAUCAAAAUGACGAUUUAAAGGUGCACUCAGUCAUUAUUUCCUCAUUGAAAAAGUUUUACUCCUAAAGAAAUUAAUUGUAAUUUUGAAACAUAUGCAUAAAAUCAUGAUAACUCACAUUAAAAUGAAGACUCCAGUCAUAUCAGUAACCUUAUAACAGCUGUUUUAUUCUACAUGGAGAGGGUCUCCUCAUGGGAGCUGCCAUGUUAGAAUCACAUGACCAGCCGAAUACUACUAACUGCCCUGUAAUUGGACCCCGAUUGGGAAUAGAUGACAUUACUCCGACGUCACACCCGCACUUCCGGGUUCUUUCAAGCAGCAGAUUUUAAUGGUGGAAAUAUGCAGCGCUGCAGUUUCAAGCUUUAUAGAAUGUAAUAACAUCUGUUAAUGUUUAUAAAGGAAUAAAUCUAUGGUUUACAGUGAAAAGAUCAUAUGCGUUCUUUUCUGUAAUAUCGGCAAAACAAGUUUAAACUCGGUUCAAUGAGCCUGUAUGAUUAUGUCGGAUAUAUAACAGGUUGAUGAAUACACAAUUUGGGUAGGCCCUACUUAGAAAUUAAAACUAUCAUCAGACAUACAUUAUGUCUCUUAACUGCCUAAAUUAUUUACCCACAUACAAUAAAUAAUACUAUUUUAAUUCAGUAUGAUCAUAUUCUAUAUCAAAACUUAAUAACAGCCAUUUUAGAUUGAGCAAUAGUAUUUACUGCAUUCAAAAUAAAUGCAAAAACAUAAUUUUAGCAGUAUGACAUUAUUUGUACUUAUCCUGUCACAACCAAUAGUCCAUGCUCUGCUGUGGUGGAGACGGGCCUGUUCCUCCUGUUAUAUCGUAUAUAUGGUGGUCUUGAUCAUGUAAGACCAUCGUUAGAUCGUAUUUGACCUAUAUUUUUCACAGUAACAGUUUUUGGAAAUUAAAAACAGCCAUUUGCGAUCAGAGUUUGAGCAAUUUCUUCGUUUGAUAUACACCAACAGCUGCUGCGGGUCAAUUGUGUCUAAUAGAGCAGACACGUUAACAAUGACGUGACUUGUGAAAUAUCAUAAUUUCUGUAAAGUUUUUCCUGAUGCAACGAUAUGGUGGAAUGGUAAAUGGCCUUUAGCGGUUACCAAAGCACUUUACACUGUGUCCCGCCCGCACACACACGCACACACACACACACACACACACACACACACACACACACACACACACACACACACACACACACACACACACACACACACACACACACACACACACACACACAAAUGAUGGCAGAGCUGCCAUGCAAGGUGCUAGCCUGUCAUUGGGAGCAACUUGGGGUUCAUUGUCUUGGCCAAGGACAUUUCGGCAUGUGGAGUCACGUGGGCCAGGAAUCGAACCGCCAACCCUGUGAUUAGUGGCCGACCCGCUGUACCACCUGAGCCACAGCCGCCCCUUAAAUUUAAAGAAACGGGAUGUUCCCCACAAACAGCACUUUUUGGGCAGUUUAAUCCCAAUUUAAGCGAAGCGCCCAUAGACAGCAGUUCUUUUCUGGGCUACAAAAACAAACCGGAAUGGGCAGAGUAGAGCGUUUGUUUGUAAACAGUAACUUCAUCUAUAGUUAAUUUCUAUAAUGCCAUUUGUAACUGAAAACUAUUGCAAAAAUUAUUUGAAAGUGCAUCCACACCACUAGGUGUCAGUGUCCAAAAUGAAAAAUUCAAAAAAUUACCGAGUGCACUUUUAAACAACUUUACAGCUCAAUUAAUACACAAGUUUUAACAGAAGAAUUAGUGAUUUUUUGUAAUUAUAUGCUUCACUUUUCUAACUUUAAACCCUCCAAAUAUUGGCCCCAUUCACUUCCAAUGUAAGUGCUAACUGUAAAUUCGAUUUUUAAAGAAAAGGAGGGUUUUUUGUGGUAAAUCAACAUUAUGCCACAUAUGCUGUCAGUUGAGCUUGUAUUGAACCAGGAAUAUUCCAUUAACAUUAAUAAAUGUAUAAUGAACUAACAAUAUUUUUUACAGCAUUUAUAAAUCUUGGUUAAUUUUAAUUUAUUAAAAUUGUUCAUUGUCAUUUCAUCAUGCGAUAACAUAAUAUUUCAUGAUAAAUAAACUGAAUACACUGAACAAUUCUGUGUUUCUGACAUAAAAAUAAUUAUUUUGUAUAUUUGUGGCCGUGCCAGUGAAAAUGUUAACAGGGGAAGCAAAAAUCUGAACUACUGAACUGACCGGACCAGCAGAAAAAAAAUCAUUAUUGUUGAGCCCUGCUAUGUGUCUAAGACGAACACAAGUUGAAAGCAUGUACCUCAUCUUAACACUUUCCCACAUUUUGUUCUUUGAUUGCAUCCACUAAUCUCAUCUCGAUAUUCAUAUUUGUGUUGUCUGAAGGGAAUCGACUUGCUUACUACCUAAACAUAGAAUAUUAUAAUCAUUUCACAGAAGGACUUUAUUUAUUAAACCUAUUUAUUGUCGGAACCUUAUUUUGGGAAGUGCCUUGAAUAAAUGCAGUUUCCUCCAAUGAAACACAAAUACAGUAAAUAUAACAGCUACAUAGAGAGACCACUGAUGGUGGCAUCGGAUGUGCCAGGUCUGUUUACCCAACCCCACAGUCACCAAGAAUCCCUGUUUAUGUAAUUUCCUAGUGCAGAGAUCUUGAUCUUGGAUCCAGGUCUCAUAUUAAAGUCACUGUAUGUUAAAAGAGGACCUGCACCAAGACAAGUAUUUCUACACGGGUACAUGUUAUAAGACCCAAGAAAACUAUAGUGGCCCCGGAAAAUAUUUGAACACUUAAGCCACACUUAAAAUGUAUGAAUUUGAUUGCAUUAGGUUACAAAGUAUCAAACCAAAAAAUGACACUAGACUUUUUCUCAGAACUAACUUCACUUUUCUGAGCCCUUUUUGAACUGGGAAAUCAGUUCUUUUCAAGUUUGAUCACGUCAAACCAAUCAAACGUAUUAAUGUUGAAAUGGUUUACUUAAACAGUGCACUUAUGCUAUAUUUUUGGGAAUAAAUGUCACUUGAUAUUUUGUUUUAUGUAAUGACGUACAUUUUUUAUCAAGUGUGGCUUACACAUCCAAACAAUGUUUGGGCCUACUGUGUAUUUCAUCAAUGUAACCCCCUUCACAUUUAAAUGUUAUUCAUUUUUAAAAAGACAAGUAAUGUAGUUUUAACUUUCAAACACACAUGCUGUUUUUAGUAAUAGGUAAAAAUUAGCUUCAUUAAAUGAACGUUAUGAAGUACACAGUAAAUUGAACAUAUAUAAUAUUUAAGUUGUACGGUUUCGUUUUGUACCUGUAUUUGUCCAAAUUGAUCCAUGUACUAAGCAUUUUAAAUAAAGGGAUGAAACAAACAUAUUUUUUUUAUUCAUGUAACAAAAGCUUUAUUAAUUUAAAAUUGUAUUGCCAAACUCUCAUUUUCUAACCCAUUCUCACACAGUAACAGUAAAAGUGAUGCUAUUUCAGCAAUAUCACACGAGCAAGAGUGCGAUAUGGCCAUAUAUCGGCACUACUUUGAUUCGGCUGCAGGUAACCACAGCAGUGCUGAUAUAGGGCCAUAUAGCGCAAUUGUGAGUGUGAUAUUGCUUAUAUACAACAGUUCAAUGAACAAGCACAUUUUGAAAAACUGAGAACAGUCAUUAAAAACACAUUUGUGCAUGGAACUACUUUCUUACGUGACGGAUCAGAAUCUGCCAUUGCUGGUUCAAACCAAAUUAUGCGUCCAAGCCUUCAUUAGUAAUUCAAUAAUGUCACUUCAGCAAUAGGAUCACAGCUUGGGAUGUUUCCAACAAGUUAUUGGAGAAACAAGGAUGGUCAAAUUCAUCCUAUUUUCUCAGUGGAAAAAUAGCUGUUCAGCCGGGGGUAUUCCUCCCUAUUUCGUGGUAGCCGGUGCACAAGAGUCUUUCACUAUAGAAACCGCAAUCUCCUCCGCUAUUUUAAACAGCAUGUCCUCUCCAAUGUGGAAACUCCGGUAAGAGGUAAGUGCCUUGUGUUUGUGUAAUUAAUCAGUCUGUUGUGGUUGUUUUCUCGUUUUUUCGUUUUUAUAUAUGAAAGCAAAAACAAAUGAACAAACGAUACCCGGAUCUAUUUCCUAGCUUUAGUAGUGUAGUAGUAAUAUGAGCGAUCACGGAGAGUUGUUGAAUAUAAACACUGAGUGACGCUGACUCAUUUAUGUCACCAACUGCCUCAUAUUACACACAAAAAUUGUCUUUUGCUGCCACCUGCUGGCUAAAAUAUGCAAUGUCACAAAAUUAAAUGUGAAGAGACACAAGUAGCUCUUAACACAUCUUACACACUCUUACACUUUAGUUUAGAACAGCACGAGCACAAGCGGAGUGAUACACAUACAGUGAAGCAUCAGAGUUCUGAUGGGGUGAGAUCAUCAGUACUCUUGGAACGUCUCUUGUCCAAUCAGACUGGAACUAACUGUUGUAUGUUUGUUUAGAAUUAUUAAAAAAUACUCUUUAUGAUUUUUAGGAACAACAUUGCAUGUUAAUUUUCACUUGCAGAAAUUCACGUAUUUUUUCAGUAACACUCUACAUUAGU